AUGUCUCCGUCUUUCAGUCUCUGCGCCGGCCCGGGCACCGACAUCUGGAAGAAGCCUCCCGCGACGGAUGUCUUCAACGCGCCUUUUCAGACACACUCUUCGAGCACCGUCGGCAGUUUCCGUGCCGUCAGCCUUACUUUUACCGCCGUCUACACCAAGCGCUACGACCAGGCCGGCCUGCUGCUCCGGCUGACGCACCCCUCGCACCCGUGCAAGUGGGUAAAGACGGGAAUCGAACUGUACGAGGGCCUCCCACGGUUAUCGACCGUCAGCUGCGAUGGCUGGGCGGACUGGAGCGUCGGACCGGCGCCUUGCGCCGAGGACGUGGCGACGGGCGAUCGGAGCGUGACAGUGCAGGUGCGCAGCGAGGGCGACGAGAAUGGUCGCAGCUGGUGGGUGUACCACGUUGAUGGCGAGGUCUCGACGCCGCUCAGGGAGAUUUGCUGGAUCGCCGAUGGACAAUAUGCGGACUGGACGCUCGAUGUGGCGGCUCUGGUGGCGAGGCCAGCCAAGGACGGCAAGGGCGACCUUGAAGCUCAUUUUGAGAACUUUACGGUGGAGUGGGCGUGA